AUGGAAACUAUGAAGACACUAACUACUGAACAUCCUACGUACGAAAGGAAUUAUGUGAGUUCACACGCUGGAGAAAAAACAUUGAAUGAAAAUGUGAAAGUUGCGAUUGGACAAAGAUCUUACAAGUGCGAAAUUUGUUCUAAGCAGUUUACCCAUGCAAGUAGUUUGAAAACACAUUCGAGAAUACACACUGGAGACAAACCCUACAAAUGUGAAACUUGUUUGAAGCAAUUUAUUACGGCAGGUUAUCUCCAAAACGAAAACAAAAUGGAAAUUGAGGAGACAUCAACUACUGAACAUUCAUCUUACGAAAGAAAUUAUGUGAGUCCACAAGCUGAAGAAAAAACAUUGAAUCAAAAUAUGAAAGUUGAGAUUGGACAAAGAUCUUAUAAGUGUGAACUUUGUUUUAAGCAGUUUAUUACACCAACACACUCAGAAAAGCAACAGGAAGCGUCUGGAAUGGGAUCGGUGUUAUACAAAAACUCAGGACCUGCAAACCAAUGA